AAAUAGUUUACGUUGCAAAACCGCCCUUAAAUCCUACACAGACCAUCCGAAUCCUAAAAUAAUUCGUACAAUUUCCAACAUAUUUCUCCUCUUGCUUUUCUCUCUCCUCCUUCUGUAUAGAAAGUCAAGCUUAAAGAUUUGAUUGCUGAAUAACAUGGUUCAGAUUCAGUACUCCGAAAAGUACGUCGACGAUACUUAUGAGUACAGGCAUGUUGUUCUUCCAGCUGAAGUUGCCAAACUUCUCCCAAAGAACCGCCUUCUUUCUGAGAAUGAAUGGCGUGCAAUUGGAGUUCAGCAGAGUCGUGGUUGGGUGCACUAUGCCAUCCACCGCCCUGAGCCACACAUUAUGUUGUUCAGGAGGCCACUCAACUACCAGCAGCAGCAACAGUAGGGGAAUCGAGCUCAAGGCAUCAUGGCUAACCGAAAAGAAGAAGCCACUACAACACUGUUAUAGAUCAUUUCUAAUACUCUAGAAAUGAUGCAUUAAUGCACUUAUCAUGAAGCAUAGUUCAAAAAUAUUUAGGUGUUGUGAGUUAGUAACAAUUAUUAUGGCAUCAAGCAGUAUCCUUUCAAACAAAUUGGGCCAUCUAAAACUUGAUAAAAAUACAUAUCUUUUUGCUCUCUUUUCUGAAAAUGUUGUGCAACUGUUACUAGCUGUUUACCCAUCAAUGGCUAUCGUCUUAUAUUUGAUGUUGGUGUA